AUGACUACUCCAGGCCUGUUUUUACAAGCUAUGAAAAAGAUGUGUAUGCCUACCAUGAUCGUGACUUCAUCUUCUGUCAUGGGAUCUUCUCCGAUGGAUUACCAUGGGCUUACGAUAACAUCGAUGGCGUCCUUAUCCAUAAAUCCUAGACCAUUGGUUCAAUUCAAUGUACGGAUACCCUCUGCAACAUCAACUAAUCUCUGGGCUCACAAUCUGUUUGCGAUUCACUUUCUCAAUCCUGAGACCUCUUCUGUAAGCUUGGCUCAAAGAUUUGCUAAGCAUGGUCUAGACGGGCCAUCCAGGCCUUUUAUGGGCUUGAAACAAGGUCUUGAUUAUUCCUUAUACAAAAAUAACUUAAAUAAUGAGGUCGAACUUCCAAUUUUGGAACAAGUGGACCGUAUACUAAUAUGUAAAAAAAAGGAUGCAUUUGCUGUGCAGGAUCAUGAAAUUUGGGUAGGUGAAGUUGUUGACAUUUUGAAUAGAAAGGAGGAAGUUACAGGCGGUGUAUUGCACUGUAAUAAGAAAUUCUUUCAGCUUGGAGAUGAACUGUGA